AUGUCAACCCCAUACUCAUCUAUCCCCAUCGGCUCAUGGGUCCUCGUUACCGGCGCCACAGGCUUCAUAGCCUCCCACGUUGUCAGACAGUUCCUCCAUCGCGGCUAUAAAGUCCGAGGCACCGUACGGGACGUAGCCCAAGCCUCUUGGCUCAUUGAUGAGCACUUCAAGUCUUAUGCCGAAAGUAACAGUUUCGAACUGGCAGUUGUACCUGACCUCUCCAUCCCCGGCGCAUUCGAUGAAGCCGUCAAGGGUAUGUCAGCAGUUGCUCACAUCGCAGCUAUUACCAGUUUUGAUCCAGACCCGAACAAGAUCAUCCCUCCUUCAAUCGCUGGAAUCCAAGCCAUCAUGUCAGCAGCUGCUAAAGAGCCCUCUGUUAAAGAAGUCGUCUUUACAAGUUCUAUCAUGGCUGUUAAACUACCUGUUCUGUCUGAUGAAACUAUCCGCGUGGGCCGUGACACUUGGAAUGACUAUGUCAUGGAACUUGCUUCGGCACCACCGCCGUACGACGCAUCAAAUAGCAUGAACGCGUAUGCUGCAGGCAAAGUGGCAGCCGAGAAGGAAGUCUGGAGAUGGGCAGAGGAGAACAAACCCAAGUUUAACAUCAACGUGAUUUGCCCCUUCGGUGUUGUGGGCGAGCCGCUUCACAAGAAACACGUCAAUACACCUGCCAAUUGGGUUGCUACCAUCUUCAAAGGAGGAAAGGAACAGCUGGACGCGUUUCCUGCUAGCUUCUUCACGGAUGUUGGAGACGUUGCGACCCUGCAUGUAGCCGCCAUCUUGGACCCGGCGGUGAACAACGCGCGACUUCAUGUCUGGGGCCAUCGAACCCACUGGAACGACUUCCUUACUACAAUUCGCAGGCUUCGACCUCAGAGGGAGUUUAUAGAGGAUUGGCCCAAGCCGCAGUAUCUCACCAUGUAUACUGAUCAGUUUGAGUCUGUAGACCUUCUGCGCAAGUGGGGUGGUCAAGAUGGGUGGAAGGCACUGGAGACAAGCAUCACUGAGAGUGUGGAGAAUGAAUAUUUUACUUUGUAA